GAGUAAUGAUCACUACUCGAAUUGCAGAUGUGGCCUCUUCCUCUACCAAAGAUGUUGGGGGUCAGAUCUUAACCUUAAAUCCUUUAUCUUCUGAAGAUUCUUGGACUCUAUUUUGUGCAAAAGCCUUUCAAGGUAAUGCGUGUCCUACUCAUUUAGAGGAAAUUUCAAGAGACAUCCUGAAAAGAUGUGAGGGAUUGCCUCUUGCCAUUGUUGCAAUAGGAAGCAUGUUGGCCACAAAGGACAUCAACAGGGUUGAUGAAUGGGAGAUUGUUCACCGUUCUCUGCGGGCUGAAUUACAAGACAAUACAAAACUGAAAGGCAUGCAAGCCAUACUUUCACUUAGUUUCAAUGAUUUGCCUUACCACUUGAAGCAUUGCUUCAUGUAUCUAAGUUUAUUCCCCGAGGAUUACUCAAUUAAACCCAAUGCUCUCAUUCGAUUGUGGAUUGCUGAAGGUUUCGUAGAAGAAAUUGAAGGAAGAACAUUAGAAGAAGUGGCAAAUGGUUGUUUCAACGAACUUCUUAACAGAAGCUUGGUCCAAGUGAAUGAAAGAUAUAAUGAUAGAAGAAUCAAAAGUUGUCGAGUGCACGAUAUUUUAAGGGAAACUAUGUUUCUAAAAUCGAAAGAUCAAGGCUUUGCAGCAAUAACUAAUAAAGAGAGCAGUAAAAGGCUUCCAGAAAGAGUUCGACGCCUAUCUGUGCAUGAAGGAACAAAUAUAGAUGCAUCUGGAGACAAUCAACUAUCUCAACUGCGCUCUUUUUUCUUAUUCACCAAAGAAAAAGAUGUGUGCAAUAAAUUUGUGUCUUCAUUUUCUGAUCAGGGGUCAAGACUUCUCAAGGUGUUGGAUUGUAAAUUUGCACCAAUAACCACAUUUCCAGAGGGUAUCACAAAGCUGUACCAUUUGCGAUACCUAUGUUUAAGAGAUACCGAUGUAAGUUCAAUUCCACCCUCUAUUGAGAAUCUUAAACACCUUGAAACGUUGGACCUCAAAAACACUCUUGUACGAGAGCUACCCAGUGAGAUUUUACGAUUACAGUGUUUGCAACAUGUAAUAGUUUAUGAUGUUAGAAGAUUUCCGACAUUGCAUGGCUUUAAGGCUUUAAAAGGAAUGGAAUCCCUUUCUUCCUUGAGAAAACUCAUUUUUGUUGAGGCAAAACAGGGUGAAACUGAGCCUAUGGUAUCCGUAGGAAGGCUAACACAACUGACGAGGUUAGGCAUCCUACAGCUUGGAGUUGAGCACGGAGAUGCACUAUUCUCUUCAAUUCGUGAAUUAAAGCUCCUUCGUUCAUUAACUUUGGAUUCAAGAACAGAGGAUGAAGCCCUUAGUUUCCAAUUUAAAUCCUUCUCAUCUCUUCGAUUGCUCCAGAGAUUAUAUAUAAGAGGUCGUGUGGAGAAGUCACUAGAAGGACUACAAAACCUUACAAACUUGUCUACAUUAUAUCUGAGUGGUAGUAGGUUGCAGGUAAAUCCGCUAGAGUCAUUACAAGAUUUGCCCAAUCUAGUGUCACUCUGGUUUGAUGAAAGAGCUUAUGAUGGGAAGUCACUAUAUUUUAAAGCUGGGAGUUUCUUAAUGCUCAGAGAUCUCCAUAUUUCAGAAUUGGAGAACUUAAGAAAGGUGACAGUGGAAGACAAAGCAUUGUCUCAUCUCGAACGUAUGAGUUUGAUCGAUUGCAAAUUACUGAAGAUAAUGCCAUUUGGAAUUGAAUGCCUAAGAAACCUCAAACAACUUCAAUUGAUAAAUAUGGCUGCAAAAUUGACAACAACUGUAUAUCGUGGAAGUCAACAUGUUAACUACUCAAAAGUAAUGCACAUUCCACAUGUUUUCAUUGGCCAAUGGAAUAUUGAAACGGGACAUGAUGGUUAUUGGCUUUAGAGAUUAUAGUGAGGCAGCUUCCAAGAUAUUUCUCAUAAAUUGCUUGUGUGCCAUCUAGCAACCUCGGUUGGGGCAUAAUCAAGUUGUUGAUUGAGCUUAUAAUGAUUGGGAGGCACAAGUCUUUUGAUGAUGAUGAUGAGGAGGAAGAAGAAAUUGAUUAAGAGUUUGACAUGUUGUUGAGGGAAGUUCUGUUUUUGGAGUCGAUUUUGAGAUAUCCGAAUCUGUCUUUUUUGAGAUUCACCUUACAAGAUGUGCUAAAAGUUGUUGUGAAUGGUGUUGAGGAGUACAAGAAGGAAGUGGAUAAGAUUGGAACACUUUUGCAAUCUGAAGAUGCAGAAGAGGAACAAUUGAUGUUGAGAUUCUGUAAUGUCAAAUAUCAUGUGUAGAGGUUUGUUGUAAUGAACUCUUUUGAGUUCUGAUAUUUCUUUUUGUGUUAUGCUUUAGUUUAGUUUUGGAAGUUGCUUGACAAUUCCCAGAUGGAUUUUUCAGUUGUUUCAUUUUAAUUGAUUGCUGAGUUUCUUGAUUUCUUUCUUGUUCUGCUUUUUCUUUCUUUGGUUUGUGUUAAGGUAAAUUAUUUGACCUUACUUAUGUUACAUGCAAUUCUAGUCUUUUUUUUUUUGUUUUUUUUCCAUAUAUAAUAUAUAUUGAUAUUCUAAGUAAACAGAUUUUUCAUUACUUUGGUAAA